CGCAGGGAAGACGACGAACCAGUAAACAGCUUGAAGCAAAGCGGUGAAGUAUCGGGCAGUUGGUGUCUGUGCGGAGUCUCAGCUACAGUUUGUCGAUCUGCGGACUGAUUUGGAUCCUUUUUUAUUUCUGGAGCUGUCCGUGGUGCUGAAACAUGAACCAAAGCGCAGGAGCAGCGCAGCACACUCGGAGAUACUCAGUGGAGGGAAAGAACGUAGGACCUAUUGGAACAGACAGAAACUGGAAAGGCAUUGGCAUCUCUCUGCUGGUUAUUGCAGUGGUGCUGUCACUCAUCGGACUGUCCAUUGUUCUGCUGUCAAAAGAUGAUGGUGGUAAACCCUUUGGUACACCACUGACAUUGGAUGACCUUUUUGAAAAAACAUUCCAAAUACAUGAUCCUGAUGCGAAGUGGAUCAGUGGUGAGUAUGUUAAAACACCAGAAUUCAGACCCCAAGUCAACGCUGUCUACCAGCACUCUUUCCUGGCAUCGUACCUCCUCUACAAUCUAUACACAAGGGAGGUGCGGGAGCUCAAUCCUCCGGAGGUGUCUGACUCAGUGCUCCAGUUUGCUUCAUGGGGUGUUCGGGGUCAACAGCUGGUGUACAUAUUUGAAAACAACAUCUACUACCAAAUGGAUGUUCAGAGCAGCUCGUGGAGGCUCACGUCAUCUGGGGAGGAGGGGGUUGUCUUCAAUGGCAUCUCAGACUGGCUCUAUGAGGAGAUGGUACUGCACACUCAGGUGGCCCACUGGUGGUCACCAGACGGCUCCAGAUUGGCUUACCUCACCAUCAACGACUCCCUGGUCCCUACAAUGUUCCUCCCCCGUUUCACAGGCUCCCUUUACCCUAGAGGGAAAGAGUAUCCUUAUCCAAAGAUGUGCCAAAUCAAUCCGUCUGUCAGACUCUAUGUCGUCACUCUGGAUGGCAGCGCUCUCACAACUGAACUGAAACCUCCUGACAGUUUUGAGAAAAGUGAGUUCUACAUUACCAUGGUGAAGUGGGUGACAAAAGAGAGACUGAGCGUGCGCUGGGUGAAUCGAGCUCAAAACAUGUCUAUUCUUUCACUGUGUGAUGUAACACAAGACAUCUGUACAAAGAAACAUGUGAUGACAUCGGACAAGUGGCUGGAUUGUCAGAGGGAGGAGCCAGUGUUUUCCAAGGACUGCACAACAUUAUUCAUCACCAUGCCCUUGAAGCACGGUGGCAGCGGGACAUUCAACCAUAUCACUAUGAUCUCCAACCAAUCUGACAGUCAAGAAGUAAACAUGCGGCACCUGACCUCAGGAAGCUGGGAAGUCUCUCAAAUUCUGGCCUAUGACGAGGGCACAAACUCUGUUUAUUACCUGAGUACAGAGACAGGAGCUACUCAACGUCACUUGUACAGGGUCUCCAGUGUGGAUCCGUUUCAUAAAGAAUGCCUAACCUGCUCCCUUUUCAAAUCAGCAUGCUCCUACUAUGAUGCUGUGCUCAGUCCCAACUAUCAGCAUGUUCUUCUCAACUGCAGAGGACCUGGAAUACCCCAAACAACUCUCCACAAACUACAUGAUAUGAACACAGAGCACAAGAUUCUGGAAAAUAACAGAGAAUUAAAAAAUGCACUGAUAAACAGGACAAUACCCAAGUGGGAAAGAAGAACUGUACAAAUCAACAACUUUGCACUUCGCCUGGAGUUAAUCGUCCCAAUAGCUUUGGAUGAAGAAAAGGAGUACCCACUUUUACUUGUCCUUGACAGCACCCCUGGUGGUCAGGCUGUGAGUGACCGUUUUUCCCUGAGCUGGGACUCUGUUCUGGUCAGUUCCAAUGAUGUCAUUGUGGCCCAUCUGGAUGGGCGGGGCAGUGGCUGCCAGGGCCAGAGGAUCUUACAUGAGGUUUUCCAGAGACUGGGAACUGUUGAUGUUCACGAUCAGCUCACAGCACUCGAGCAUCUGGUAAAGCUGCCCUAUAUUGAUGCCAACAGAGUUGGAGUUUAUGGAAAGGCAUAUGGAGGCUUCUUGUCCACUCUCCUGGUCCUUUCCCACCCGUCUGUGUUAAGGUGUGGCAUUGCUGUCGCUCCUAUAACAAACUGGAGAUUGUAUGGGUCUGCCUUCACGGAGAAAUACUUUGGCUUUCCAGCAAGAGAGGACCACAAAUACCAGAUUUCCAGUCUGCUCAGCAACAUCACAGGACCUGCAAGUCCAUUGAACUUUCUUAUUAUCCACGGCACAGCAGAUGCCAAUGUUCAUUUCCAGCAUUCUGCUGAGUUGGUCAAACUGCUGUCUGCAUCAAAUGUUAACUACACUCUCCAGAUAUUCCCAGAUGAAGGACACAACAUUAUUUCAGUAAGGAGUCAACACUACUUUCUGAGCUCAGUGCUGAACUUUUUCAACCGCUGCUUUGAGGAGGGGUACAAAGAAGAUGAUUAGCUCCAAGUAAGCUCCUGUGGUAAGGUGGUUUUAUGGAGAGUGCGCUGGAGCAACUGCUGUCGUGAGCCAACGAUGAGAGGUUGUGUUUCCCUGAACAUCUGCUGCCUGAUAAAAAUGAUAAUUAAUAAAACCCUACAGACCUAUAAUAUGUAAGUUAGGUCCCUUCACAUUUGUUGGAAUGCAAAGAAAGUUAGAGCAGUGAAUCUGAGGUUCUGGGGAAAAACAAAAGAUAGGUUAAUACUAUACUACCAUUAAGAGUUCUGUUUUGAAUGUUUGUACCAUGUAAUGCAUACAAAUGUCAGGGAAUCAAAGAAACUUGUAUUUCUUUUGUAUCUUUCCUGAAAUCGACUGUGAAUUCAUGUGAAUACAUUCUGUGAACAGAGAAAAAUCACCUAUAAAUCCACCAAAUCAUAUCACUAUUAGACCGAAUCACCAAACCGUUCCUGCAGGUGCCUUUACCUCAUAUAGUCUUUUCUGAGCUUCGGGCAAACACAGCAAUACAAAAAUAUCGUAUGACAAUAUGUAACAGAGAGUGAAAGGGGGUUUAGCCAUGCUGUUUAAAUCAGGUAAAGAAAACCUUUAAUAUGAAAGUUUCAAAAAGGAAGUUACUGUGACUUUUAGUUUUUUGUAUUUCUUCUUUUAUCCUUGUUAGAAGGAACCUGUGUGUCUGUUCAAGAUGAAUCUGCUAUUUGGGCGCACAUUGCCAUGUGACAUAUUACAAGUAUUAAUUGUGUUGUUCAGGGAAGAUUUCUUAGUUUAACAAUAUCUUCAUCUAUGUUUUUAGAAAUAGAUGAAUAAAUUUCAGAUGUUUGUGACCAGCUUGAACCUUUACUGUUCCACACAGUGUUUAAUAUUACAAAAUGUGAAAAGAAAUUAAACUGGAGAAUGGAGAAACUCCAUGUGUAAGAUAAGCAGUCUAUGCUGUACAGUGCGCUUUGGCCACAACAGAACUCCUGUAAUAAAUACUGCGUCUUUCCUUCAGUAGCAAACUGAUCGUUUGUUGACCAUAACCCUGUGCUGCUCACACUUCUACACUUGCCUGACAAACUGCAUCUCAUGUAGCAUAUAUAUACUGCCCUCUGUAGUUGACAUUUGUAUACUUGGAAACAUUUGUACGCUCAAAUAAACUGACAAACUUGA